CCUCCUACUUCAAAAUGCUACUGGCUGGCGUUUUCCUGCUCCUGUCUUGGAAUCGCAUCCUUGUGGAGGGCUUUCCAUCUGCGGUCUUCAAAAGCGCCUGUGGUAACCUGAAUCCUUCAGAAGGGAUAAACACAGCUCACACAGCUGCUGGCCAGAAUGCAACUCCACCUUACAGCGUCAACGUCUCCCAAACCAGCUACCAGCCAGGGGACACAAUCAACGUGACCCUCUCUGGAGAUGAGUUUAGAGGGUUUCAGCUCGAAGCCCACAAAGAGGCAGGAAAUACCGCUGUGGGAAGUUUUACCUUGCCAAGCGAAAUGCUCGCGAAAACACAGUUUAUGGAAUGCAACAACAUCUCGCAUCAGGCACACUUCCCUGUCUAG